AUGGAUUGGACUGGAGCAAUUGUAAUAGUAUUACUGUUUAUUCUUGCAGUUAUGUUCCUUUUGAAAAAGGGCAGUUCCUGGAAUAACCGCUCCCCCAAUCUCCCCCCGGGACCCAGGACCAUUCCCAUUUUGGGAAAUCUGCACAUGGUGGAUCUGAAGAGGCCUUACAGAACAAUGAUGGAGUUGUCCAAAAAAUAUGGUCCCAUUUUCCGCAUCAGACUGGGAUUCCAGGAGAUGGUGGUGCUGACUGGCUAUGAGACGGUCAAAGAGGCUCUAGUGAACCAGGCAGAUGCAUUUGCAGAGAGAGCCUCUGUCCCCUUUUUAGAGCAUUUUUCAAAGGGCUUUGGACUUGUUUUUUCACAUGGUGAGAACUGGAAAGUGAUGCGACGGUUCACAUUAUCCACAUUACGGGACUAUGGAAUGGGUAGGAGGACCAUUGAAGACAAAAUCAUUGAAGAGUGUAGUGUCUUGACAAAAACAAUUAAGACUUAUGCAGGGAAACCAUUUGAGGUCACAACAAUUAUGACUGCUGCUGUUUCCAAUAUCAUUGUUUCUAUUCUAUUUGGGAAGCGCUAUGACUAUGAAGAUGCUACAUUUCUACGACUUAUGAAUAUAAUCAGUGAAAAUAUACGGCUUUCAGGGAGCCCAAAUAUAUCGCUAUAUAACAUGUUUCCCACACUGGGCUUCCUUUUGGGUUUUCAUAAAAGAGUAAUGAAUAACAGAAAGGAGUUCCAUGAUUUCAUACAGUCUACCUUCAUAGAAUAUCUCAAAAAACUUGAUGAAAAUGACCAGAGGAGUUUUAUUGAUUCAUUUCUUAUUCGACAAAGAGAGGAGAGUAAGAAGAUGACUAAUGGAUAUUUCCAUAAUGAAAAUCUUAAAGCUACUUCGGGCAACUUAUUUGCUGCUGGUACAGAAACAACUGCUAGCACUCUGCGCUGGGCCAUACUCCUGAUGAUGAAGUACCCAGAAAUCCAGAGUAAGGUCCAAGAAGAAAUUGCAAAAGAGAUUGGGGUUCGUCAGCCAGGGACAGAAGACCGAGCCAAAAUGCCUUACACCAAUGCAGUAAUUCAUGAAAUUCAAAGAUUUGCAGAUAUUGUUCCAACCAACUUGCCACAUGCAACCACCAUGGACAUAACUUUCAAAGGCUUCUUCAUCCCCAAGGGUAUGCAAAUUGUUCCAUUGCUAUCAUCAGUGCUCCAUGAUGAGUCUCAGUGGGAGAAACCCUAUGAAUUCUAUCCUGAGCAUUUUCUUGAUUCUGAAGGAAAAUUUGUGAAAAGAGAUGCAUUCAUGCCUUUCUCUGCAGGUCGGAGAGUAUGUGCAGGUGAGAACCUUGCCAAAAUGGAGCUCUUCCUCUUCUUCACCAGCCUCCUGCAGAAAUUUACCUUCCAGAUACCCCCGGGAACAUCUAAAGAUGACCUGGAUCUAACACCUGCAGUUGGAAUUACAACCCCUCCUAUGCCCUACAAGACCUGUGCUAUUCCAUGUUCAUAA